AUGUCUAGGUCAAUAUAUAAUUCGAUUGAUAUGUUUGCGUUUUUAAUACCUAUGGCUGCUGCUAUCCAUCAAUUAGUUGUCAUUUUCAAUGACGACCAACAUGGAAAUACCAGGCUUGUCAGUUUCUCCGUCCUGGCUGUCUUCUUGCACAUGUUGUUUGAGCUUAGAAUCAACCAGAUGGUAUGCAAAUAUGUGACGAUUAUUCAGCAGGCUACUGAGGAGAUCCAAGUCUUCUUUGUGAUCUUUGCCGUAGGAGUGGUUGCGUUUACGAUUGCGAUGUUACAUCUUCUUCACGCCUGUCCUAUGGGUACAUGUGAGCGAAAUAAUGAUGAAGAAUACUUUCCUAUUCACUUUCUCGGAGCGCUUUCAGCAACAUACUUUAUGAUGGGUGGUCGAUAUGACUCUGUUGAUACAGAGUUUUCUACUGAGGACUGGGCCUUUCAUAUUAUGAUGAUGAUAUUCUUUUUCUUCACGGUCAUCUUGAUGAUGAAUGUGCUUAUCGCACUUAUUAAUGUGGCAUUCUCAAAGGGCGACGAUGGUUGGCAGUUAGCAUGGGUUGAAUCUCGUCUACGCUUCAUUGAGGCAGCUGAAAACAUGUCAUACAAUAUCCCUGGAUACCGCGAGACCUAUAAUUGCUUUCCGAAAGAAAUAUAUUUUGCAGCAACUGAGGAAAAGGUGGAGAAGUAUAAAAAGAAGCAAGAUGUUAAAGAUAUCAGCAAUGAUGACAAGAAGGAGUCAAAGGAGUCUCAGGAGUUACAGAUGAUUAAGAAACUGCUGGAGCAGAUGGAAUCAAAAUCGAAUAGUAGACCGGCUAAUACAUAA